AAAGGCGCGAACUCUCCCGGGCAACGUCUUUAUUUUACUUUUUCCAAUGCUUCCUUUGCCGUCUUCACUCACCAAACGAAACUCCAACACUAUGCAACAUUUUCACCCGGAACCCCUCAUCGUUCCCACCGUCUCUUCCGACGCAAAUCGCGGCGGCAAGAAACGCGGCAACUACAACUGUGGCCGCUGCGGCCUACCUAAGAAGGGCCAUGACUGCUCCAGCAAGACCACCCCCACUCCCACCUCUGCUUCUACUGUCACCCCUUCUCACUCCUCUUUCUCCGCCGUUUCCGCCUCCUUCCGCCCGUCGUCCCACCUCCGCCGCGCUCUCUCCUUCGACGAGGAUGAGACCGGCAGAUUCGAUCCGUCGGAGCCUGUUGACGCGUGGCCCGAAGAGGAUGAUCUGGAUUCGUCUGGUUUGCCGGGGAAUCUUUUAUGGGAAGUUUUGAGGAGACUGCCGCCGGCGGGGCUGUUGUCGGCGGCGAAGGUGAGCAGAGGUUGGAGGGAGAUGACGAGGAGUUUGUGGAGGGCAGCGGAGGAGUUAAGGAUUAGGGUUCCGGCGUGGGCUCAGGUGGGUUUUGUGUCGUCGAUUUUGCAGAAGUGUCCGGGGAUUGUGAAACUCUCUCUUAGAAUGGAAAGUGACGUGGAUUCCACGAUGCUUGCUUGUAUUGCGUUCUCAUGCCUGAAUUUGGCAUUCUUGGAGAUCUCGGUCUCUGAUACUGCAGUUAAUCGUAUCAGCGGGGUUGAGUUAGCUAGAUUUGUUGCUGAUAAAAAGAGCCUCAAAAGCCUCAAGAUGGAAGGUUGUUCUAACCUUGGAGGUUUUGUUCUUUGUUCUUCGAGUCUUUCUACCCUUUGGUUGUCCGAUCUGUACUCUCUUUCUAAGAUGGUCUUCAAUUGUCCUCAGUUGAGAGAGAUUUCAUUGGAGUUUGCUCACCGAGAAAGUGACAGUACUGAUCUUUCAAACAUGGUUCAAGGUUUGGGAAGAAGUUGCCCGAGGUUGCAAAACAUGCAUAUAUCUUCAAUGCGGCUUUCUCAUGCUGCUGUGCUUGCUCUUACUGCUGCUAAGUUAAGUGGGCUGCGAAUGCUUUCACUUAUUCUUGGAUCCGAAGUCACUGAUGCAUCGAUUGCUGCAAUUGCCUCAAGCUAUCUAAAUCUGGAAUUGCUUGAUCUCAGUGGAUCCAGUGUUAGUGACAGUGGUGUUAGCAUGAUUUGCAAUGUGUUCUCUGAAACAUUGACAAGACUCCUUCUCGCCCUUUGCCCCAAUGUGACUUCAAGUGGCAUUCAAUUUGCUACGGCUCAAUUGCCACAUCUUGAACUUAUGGACUGUGGCAUGACCAUAUGUGAACCUAAUUCUCACCAUCCAACUGCUGAUGAAAAUAACCGCAAAUUACAGAAAACAUCUAGUACUAAUCUACACCUUACAAACCAAAAGUUAAUCAUCAAACAUAGCUGUUUAAAGAAACUUAGUUUGUGGGGAUGCUCAGGCUUGGAUGCCUUGUAUUUGAACUGCCCACAACUCAAUGAUCUAAAUCUAAAUUCUUGUAGAAAUUUACAUCCAGAGAGACUGUUGCUUCAGUGCCCCAGUUUAGAAAAUGUGCAUGCAUCUGGUUGUCAAGACAUGUUAAUUGAGGCCAUCCAAAGUCAGGUUUGCAAUGCUUUUACUGAUAUGGAAAACCCUUCACCUUGUAAGCGUUUACCUGAUGGCUCCAAAAGGGUUCAGGUUCCUCAUUUGGUUAAUAGUGAGUCGCCUGAGGAUGAGAAGAAGCAAAGGAGAAAGAAGAGACGUCUUUGUAAUGUUGUUGUGGAUUGAGUUGAUUUGUAGUCUAUGCAGUGUGAAGGACAGGAUAUGGACGAGUAUAAUGGGUCUUACCUAGGUCUUGUGUCUUUCUCUCCUGAUGUCAACUGCAGCUGUUAUAGAUUAGGGGAGAUAAUUGAUCAUUGUAUAUUUGUAUUAAUGUAAUCCCUUGAGACUGGCUUUAUAUAUUUGCACGCAAUGUCUUGUACUUAGAACUCGACUAGGCACUAAACAAGUCAAGUUAGGUUCUUGAAUUGGCUCCCAUGAACAUAUAAGGUGAGAACUGUAUCUUUGUAAAAUAUUCUCGCUUAGAAUUUUAGUCUGCUCAGCAGUUUGUCAUUCUGUUCUAUGAUAAUUUUUGGCUUGCUACCACAUUUUUUAA